UAGCUCCUCCCUUCGCUCUCAUGGCCGCCCUCGCGUUGCUCCGCUCGGCCCUGGGCUGGAGAGCGAGGCCCGUUUACUCCCGCAGUUUCAGGCAGCCUCAGCGAAGUCAUCGCCUCACACCUUCUGAUGAUGAGCUCCUCCAGAAAACAACAGUCCAUCACUUGGAAAGAGAAUCGCCAGACAUCCUAUUUAUUGAAGGAUACACAAAUCAUGGUUUCACCAUCAAUGGGACCAUGGUGAUAGGCCCUUGUGCUAUUUUGCCACAAGCCAUCCUGCAGUGGAAUGUUGGUACACAUAAAGACAUUAUUCCGGGGAGCCUUGCUCUGUUCCACAUGCUGGAGCCCAAGAUAGAAAUUGUGGUCCUGGGAACGGGUGCGAGAGUAGAGUGGCUGGAUCCUGCUGUCCUGAAGUGUUUGCAGCAACGUGGGAUUGCUGUAGAAGUACAAAACACGCCUAAUGCUUGUGCCACCUUCAACUUCCUGGUAAGCGAGCGACGUGUGACGGCUGCUGGACUCAUACCUCCUCCCGCUUUCGUGUCUGAAUAAGCCUUUAAGGGUAAGAGGAGAUGGGAGGCCUUCUGAGCAAGCCAGAGAAAGGGACUCCGCUGUCAGGCCUGCCAGCCCCUUCAAGGUCCUAUGAGCUGCUUCCCCUAGUCACUUACAGGCAGUAGCAGCAGGACGUCAACAAGAGGCGGGUUUUUUCCAGGCUCACCACCAGAUCUGAGGCAGACGGCUCUUCUCGCACCGAAGCAUGAGCCCAGCGUGGAAAAGAGGGCCUUGAAGUGAUAUCACGCACCACUGUGCAUUGCAUCUAGUUGUUAUCUGAAAACAACUGCAAGCAGCUAGUGAAUUUAUGUCCUCAGGGGAAACUUGUUGGGUAGGCUGAAAUAAAGCUAUUUGUCCAAAAUUGA